AUGGACCCGGUCGCUGAUAAGUUAUCGUGUCUAGACGACUUGCAGAGACACGCUGGAGGGAAGCUUGCGGAGAUAAGCGAGUGGCUCAAAACGUCAGCCUGUGUUUCAAGAUACGACGUACCCAACACGAUCGGCUAUCGCGAAAAGCCCGUCCCCACGGACCGAACGCUCUCCCUCCUUUCCAAAGCGCAUGCUGCCUGGCACACCUACCACAGCACCCACCACAGCCCCCACUCCGCCUCCGCCGCUUCCGCCGCCUCCGCGCCCAACCGCCCGCCCUCCGCCGUGCACGCGAGGGAUCUGCGGAAGCUUGUAGAGAGCACCGCGGGCGGGUCACUGGACGAUCCUUCCGCCACUGGCGCAUGCGUGCCGUUUUCAAAGCGAGAAGGCGCAGGGGGAGCGGACGCGGGGGGGGGCGGAGGUGCGGUGACGGGGAUGGGAGCGGGGGCAGGGGUGGGGACAGGGGCGGGAACUGAGGCGGGUUCAGCGCACCCUGUGGCGGCGAAAGCAGGUCCGGCGGACGACUUGAGGCGGAAGCUUCUCGCGUCGAGCUCAGCGCGAGGUCCGGCGGGUGCAACACCGAGAGACAGGGUAACCGCACACCGGCGAGCUUCGUCUGUGUCGUUUUUCGCCCCAGGCGCAUCGGAUUUCGGGACGGGCAUGGACAGUCCGCCUCACGGGUUUCAUUCUCGGACGGGGAGCCCUAGCGGUGGGAGCGGCGGGGGUGGCGGAGGUGGUGGGGGUGCGGGGAUUGGCGGAAGUGGUAAACCCCCCUCGCUAAGCCCUCGCAUGCAACAGCCGCCUUCGUCGCAGUUCGCAGCGUUUCCCGGCGGCAGCAGCGUGGGGGGAGCGAGCCCCGGAGGCCGUAGGGUGAACAGACACGCUCGAGCGCAAAGCGUCAGCUUCAGCCCGCAUAUGGAUUUCAGCAGCAGCGGCGGCGGCGGCGGCGGCGGCAAUACUGGUGGCAGCGGCAUUACCGGUAGCACCGUUGGCAGCACUGCUAACGCUUUAGCCCACGGCUCUUCCCCCCACCCUGGCGCAGCAGGGGCUCAGGCGGGAGGCGCCCCGGCGCCCGGCGCAGGGGGGAGCAGGGGAGCGGGGCUGGCGCCGCCGGGACUGGUUAAGGGCGGAAUGGGCAGGGGGGGGCGGAUGGGGCCUUUGGGCGGAGGGGGGCUUGCUGGGGGAAGGGCGGGUCCGGGGAGGGGGAUGGGGCGCGGGGGAUUUUUCAGGAGCGCGUCUGUGGACGGGGGAAGGGGGGCGGAGGAGGAUGGGGGCGCGGAUGGGCCGCUGGUGAGGCGGAGGAGUGGCGGAGGGGGGAGAGACCCGCCUGUCGUUGUCAAGCGGGUGGGGAUGCCCCCCUCUGGCCCUGCGACAGGCGCAGGAGGAGUCGUAAGCGGAAGCGGAGGAGGCGGGGGCAGUGGCGGAAGCGCGGGGGUUGAUGGAAAGGAGACGUCAGGUGUGUUACUGAUUGAGAUUGGGAGCAAGGGGGGUGAGGGGAGUGAGAAGGGCAAGGAGAGCGGAAGCAAGGCGCAAGAGUGCAGCAGUGCGGACCAGGAUUCGACAUUUACCUUCCCUCAAUUAGGAGGGGCGAUUGGCGAUCCAGGUUUGGAAGGUGCUUCUAACGGAGGUGGUACUAACGAGGAAGAGGAGUACACCGCGGAUUUGGACAGUAGUGAGGAUGACUGUGACGAGGAUGAUGGGGACAUUGUGGAGUGUAAGGCUGCGCCAGGGGCAUCUGCUACAGGGCGAAUGCCGCUGAAUGUAUCUGUUAACGAGGAUGAUGAUAAGGAGGAUGAGGACGACUGUGUGGUUCUAGCCUCGCCUCUCGUUUCCGCCCAGCCGCAGCAGCCACAGCAGGAGCAGAAGUCCCAGCAGCAGCAGCAGCAGCAGCAGCAAGGGACUGAUGCAGCAGCAGGGUCAAAUUCUCCUAACGGGUUUGUAACAGCAGCAGGAGCAGCAGGAGGAGCAGUCAGGAAGCUGAACUGCGAUGUAGCAUCUGGGCAGAACGGCGGGCAGAACGACGGGGAGGAGGAGGACGCGGAUGGGGAUGGGGAUAUCCCUCUAGCCUCCCCUCUGGCCAAGUACCCCCCUGCCAGCCCCCUGAAAGCCCACGCCCACGCCCAUAACCAGCCGUUGCUGAGCCCCCUAAGCCGCGGCCCUCUGGCUUCUAGCUUCAGUGCCAACCCCCCUCGCCCUGGUAGCCCCCUCACACGCGUUCCCCAGCAGCAGCAACAGCAGAGUGAGAGCAGCGGUGGUGGCGGUUUCACGGAUUCCUCUGGAACGGUUGUGAACCAGAGCCUGCCGCGGCGGCUCGUGAAAUCAGGUUCGGAGCGCGUGGGUGGGGCUCCAGGGUCGGGAGGAGACGGCAGCUUCAGAAGCAGCAGCAGUGUUGGUGCUGCUGCUGCUGGUGGUGGUGGUGGUGGUGGCAGCGGCCGUGGUUUCAGCAGUGGUGCGGGUAACGAAACCACCAGUGUGUCGAGCCCAAGGAGGUUUCUUAAGUCAGGUUCGGAGCGAGGCAUGGCCGGACCAGGAUUUCCUUCGUCGUCCGCCCUUCCUGUCGCCCAGGUUCUCGAAGGCCCUCCGUCAGGCGCUGCUGGGUGUGCAGCAGCAGAGGCUGGGAACUCAUCAGGCCAUGUGAGUGUGCCCGAGCAAAGGCUUGGAAGGGACAUUCGACACACUCGCAUGCUGGGGAAUGGGUCGCUCAAAGAGCAGGGGACCCGGGGAUGGGUGGAGAGCGGUGGAGGGGGAGGAGGAGGGGUGGGGAUGGGUGCAGGGGGAGCAGGAGGGCAUGGGUCGAGGUUGGGAGGUCCCCCUGGGAUACCCAGGCAGUGGAGCGCAGGGGAACCAGGCGGGAGUGCUGGGGGAGUGAGUGGGGGCAGCGGGCCUGGAGGAAUGCCAGGCCAUGCCCAUGCGCAUGCUCAUACGCACUCGCAUGGCCAUGGGCAUGGGCAUGCGGCAGGGGUGCCCAGGCAAAGGAGUGUUGGGGAAAUGGUUGGGGUAGGGCAACAGCAGGGCAGUGCCGCCGGUGCUGCUAGCACCAGUCGCGUGCAUUUCCCACCGGAGCGCAUGGCUGGGCGAGGGGAGGGGGGUGGUGGGCAGGAGGGCUCGUUUGACCAAUGGCAGGUUGAGGAGCCUGUCUCAGGGGGGGAUGGACAGGGAGGGGGGGGUGCGGUGCAAGGUCCUGGAGCAGCAAUGGCAGCAGCAGCAGCAGGAGGAGGAGGAGGUGUAGCAGGAGGGGGAGGGGCACAGGGAGGGGUGCAGAUGCGCAUGGGUAGGCCAUCAUCCCCUCAGCUGGGGGGUCGACCCACUCCUCCCCCCGGCCAUGUGUCCCCGCACAGGGCUCGAAGCUCCCGCCUCAAGGAUAGCAGCCCUUCAGGUGGGCUGCCAGCAGGCCACAGCAGUUCAGGUGCUUCUCCAGGUGCUGGUGGAGGAGGUCCGGGCGGCGUAGCUUCAGGUGGUAUCAACAGAGCGGAGAUUGCGGCCGGCAGGCGGGCGGCAUGGAGGAGGAGCAGCAGCAUCGGGGCCGGCGAGACUCGGAGCGGAGUGGCGGACAUGCCAAGGCCGACUUCGCCGCAGCUGUUUGGAAGCAUCAAGGAAACAGCCAGGGAAGGUGCUUCGUUCUCUGCAUUCCAGGGUCAGCACCACGUGCAACAACAUGGGCAGCAGCAGCAGCUCUCAGCGCAGCAGCAGCAGCAGCAGCAGCAGCAGCAGCAGCAUCAGGUGGGCGGCAGAAGCAGCCCGUCCCAGGUGUCACCUUCCAAGUGGAGGCCUCAGCUCGGCACAGUCAAUUCUUCGAUGCCAGUAAGAAUGGCAGGUGGAUCUGGGGCAGGCUCAUCCGGUGGAGGUGUUACUGCUGGUGGUGCCAGUGGUGGUGUAGGGGAAGGUAGUGCUGGUGGGAUUGCUGGGCAUCAGCAGCAGCAGCAGCAGCAGCAGCAGCAGCAGCAGCAGGGUGGCGUGGUUCGGCCUAGGACUGGUCAUGCUCGUAGGCAUUCAUUUGCUGUUGGAUCUGGGUCGUUUGAUUUUGCGUCUCAACCACCAAGCUCGUAA